AUGGAUUUCGCCAAGGGCAGAUCGAAAGGCGAAGGAUUCCUGUUGGCGCGGUUCGUCGUAUUGUUAUGCCGCGGCGAAAGAGGGCAUAAGAAUCGAGCUCUCGGGUGUGGUGUGGAGGGCUCGGCAGGUGGACAUGUGCCUACCCUUGGUACAUACAGGACUGUACCGGUUUGGUUCAAGGUUACUAUCUUGGGUCCCGAGGCGGAGUUCCGGGAGACGGCAAGCCGGCCCGUGUGCGACAGCCAGGGUGCUGCAACUCCGACUUCGGAUCCGACGGUGGGGCGCGACGACUGGGCGUCGCGUAUCGAGGAGGAGGAUAGCGGCGACAACCUCGCCGCCGACCUGAAGGAGCUUUUUGGCAGGGGCGGGACCUACAGCGAUCCCUUUCACAACGUCUCGGUGCUCAACGCGUCGUUUCCGUCGUCAACGCCCCGCCGCAGGGCCGAGCUCCAGACCACAUCGGCCUACCUGCUCCCCAGCUUCAAGUAUGUGCCCUUCCUGCCGCGCGUGUCCUUUGAGAGCGUCCAGGCGCUGGCCAAGGGCUACCUCCUGCCCGAGGCCCUGCAUCCCGUGCACGACGGCCUGUCGCCGGUGCACCGCGACCGCUUGCUGCGGAAGGAGGCCUACCGCGAGAUGCUGUACGGCGUGCAGGACGUGCAGGACGUCCUCGUGCUCAUCUGCGGCCAUGGCGGGCGGGAUGCGCGGUGUGGUAUCACAGGGCCCGUGCUGCGGAGCGAAUUCGAGACGCAGCUCGACGCGGCCGGCGUGCAUGUCCUGAAGGGGGAGGUCGAGGGCGACGUCGAGGAGAACCAGGGGCGGAGGCUCGAGGAGGGGGCCACUGCGCACGACGGCGGCGGCGAGGGGGCGCCACAGAGGGGUGCGGCAGCGGCGCGAGUCGGCCUCAUUAGCCAUAUUGGCGGCCACAAAUUUGCCGGCAACGUCAUCGUCUACGUGCCGCCGGGUAUGAAAGCGCAGGACGGGACCGAGCAUGGCCUUGCGGGCAAGGGCAUCUGGUACGGUCGCGUGGAGCCGCGGCACGUCGAGGGCAUCGUCAAGGAGACCAUCCUGGGGGGGCGUGUCAUUGCUGACAUGUUCCGCGGCGGCAUCGAUCAGCAGAGGAAGAUCCUCAGGAUGUAG